AUGACUUGCAACCACAAGUGGAGAUCAUACAAAAAGAGGCUUAAAAAGAAUUUCUUGGUCAAUGAGAAUGAGAGAAAUCCACUUGAAAGCUACUCAUAUCUGGAAAAGACUGCGUUGCAAAAGUUUAAGGAAAGAAUAUCAUCAACGGAAUUCCAGGAUAUAAGUGAGAAAGCAAGGAUGAGUUCAAUGUGUAAUACGAAUCCAGCCCGAGUAGGCCCACAUGGUUAUCGGGGCAACAAAGCUAAGUGGGAACAAGAGAAGGCAUCGGGUCAGUUGCCGUCACAGUUGUAUGAGAUAAAAAGCGAGCGUUCAUUAGAUUAUGUGUUGGGGAGAAGAUCUGAAAAUGAGUCAGGGUCAAAAAUAAUACCACCUAACAUGGAACCCAUAGUAAAAAAGCUUAUGGAUGUCCAAAAAGAAAUAUCCGAAGGUGAUUUGUUGCUGGUUCCCGGAGAGGAUUUGUUGACUAAGGCAAUAGGACCGGAGCACCCUAGUCGUACCAGGGCGGUGGGGCAUGAUAUUGGCUUAAGAAAGGGGAUGCAAGGACUUGACAAAAAAAAGAGGAACGUCGUGGACAAAGAUGUUGUUAGUAAGAUGCAGGCGCAGUUAAAUGAAACAAAAACCCAAUUGGCAGAGUUAAGAGCAAUGCUUGCGAAACAAGAGUCUAGGAACCAAGUCCCGAAUAAUGUAUGCUUCGCUGUUCAAAACAAUAGUUCUUGCUCGACGUCGACAUUGGAUGCUUUAAAUACGAUAAAGGUUUAUGUUUUUUGA